UGAAAGAAUUUUAGUUGGCAAAUUUAAAUUUUCAUUAGUGCUGUGGCACUGCAAUCUUUGGCUAUGUCUUGGGCUACUCCAAUAUUUUCGUGUUUGUGUAUGUGUUUUAACUGGCAGCACUGGUAUUUUUAUGUAGUGUUUUUCUGAGGACUCUGUAUCCGGACGUGUGUCGUGCUUAAUCAAAAUCUGUUUUCACCAGGGACAUUAACUUUGCAUCCAUGAAUUUUUUACUUGUAACAGAUUGCUCUGUAGUUGUUGUAACGUUUGCAAUGGCCAGUAAACGUAAGCGCAUUGUUCUCAGUGUUUCUGAUAAACUUAAAAUAAUAGAUCAGUUGAAGUGUGGUGCUAGUGGAUCAAGCUUAGCUUGGAAAUAUGGAGUUGGAAAUGCCAUAAUAUCGGACAUUAAAAAGAACAGUGAUGACAUUAAAAAAUUUGCACGUGUACUUGACAGUGAAGACGGAAGCUUGCACAGAAAAACGAUGAGAAUGGCAGAAAACAAGGAUUUGGACAUUGCAGUUUUCACGUGGUUCAUGCAGGUACAUAGCCAAGGACAACCAAUAAGUAGCCCUUUGAUCUGUGAAAAAGCUCUUGAAAUGAACAAGAAACUAGGUGGUAACACUGAUUUUAAAGCAACUUCCGGCUGGCUUAAGCAUUUCAAAUCUAGGCAUGGAAUUAGGGAAUUGGAUAUCCAGGAUGAAAAACUGUCCACUGAUACUGAAUCAGCUUAAAGUUUGAAAGAGUUUUUUAAGAACAUGAUCGAUAAGGAAGACUACAAAAAAACCAAUGUCUACAAUGCAGACUAAACUGGUUUGUAUUAGAAAAAAAUGCCAACAAAAACCCUAAUUUCUAAGAAUGAAAUGUCAGCACCUGGUUUUAAGGUAAGCAAAUUAUGCAUCACUGUUAUGGUAUGUGGAAAUGUUACCAGAACAUACAGGCUACCUUUGCUAAUCGUAGGAAAAUCCAAAAAUCCACAGUGCUUUAAAGGAAUAAAAAAUUGCCGAUGACCUACAAAAAUCAAAAGAAUUCAUGGAUGGAUACAACCAUUUUUAUAGAAUGGUAUGACACUGUAUUUAUCCCUGAAGUCAAAAAGCAUCAGCUUAAAACUGGAAAUUCUGGAAAUGUUUUGUUGUUGAUUGAUAACGCCCCAAGUAGGGUUUCUUUCCCGGGAUCCCGUUUUCCCAGGA